CUGUAAUGUUUUGACAGUUCAACAAUUUGUGUUGGCCUCAGAAUUGCCGAAUAAAUUCUGUUAGCUAAUUCAGUAUAAUUAUCGUAUGGAUAUGUUAUAAUAUAUAAGGAUAUAAAAAUGGCCGGUCCAGAGGAAUAUCACAAUCAAUUUAGGCGACAACAUCGCUUCUCCCCAAUGAAUUUGAGUGGAUUGCCAGACGACCCUAACCGAAGACUGUUAGAUCUCGACAUAAAUCCAUAUCAAGAUGUCGAGGAAUUCGUUAGAAACCCUCCCGCACACACCCCCAUCGACACCGAAGAAGAGGUGAAAAUGAAGAAGUACAUCGGCUCUGGUGUGGCGUUUGUUAGUUUGGUAGCGGAAAACCUACUCAGCCACCCUUUUAUAGUAUUAAGACGUCAGUGUCAGGUACAUCAUGUGUCAUCGAAGUACCACAUUGUACCUUUCACCUUGUUGCCAACGAUAGUGGGUCUUCAUUCGUUUCAAGGGCUUACAAUUCUCUGGAAGGGGAUUGGCUCAGUCCUGUUGGUUCGGGGUAUGACUCUUGGAAUAGAAGAUCUUAUUUCCAAAAUCACUCCGUGGCCUAAGGAGAUAAACAAGUACACAAGUGUAAAGAUGUUUUUCCAACAUACCUUACUAAAAUGUGUGAGUUUAGCAAUUGUGACACCCUUUUACUCGGCGUCAUUCGUCGAGACAGUCCAAAGUGACAUUGCGAGCGAAAGUCCAGGUUGUCUGGACGUGUUCAGGGAAGGUUUCAUGAGAUUGAUGAACUGGGGCGUCCCGGCCAAAGGCAGAAUGCUCCCGAUUUGGGCGUUGAUAGUUCCAACUGUCACGUUCGGCGUGGCCAAGUAUUUGUUUGGCACGUUAGUGCGUGGUGCCAGCGCCAAAUUGAUGCACGCUAGGUUUAGAAAUCAACAUGAAGUCAGAGGUGCAUUCCCCAAAGAUCUAGCCCUGAUACCCACCAAGCAAGAUAUUGAACUGACUAGUUCGUUGAUCUCAACUAUUGCAGCUGACGUCGUGUUUUAUCCUUGUGAAACCAUUGUUCAUCGCCUACAUUUACAGGGCACAAGAACUAUUGUGGAUAAUCUUGACAAUGGACGAUCGGUUUUGCCAAUUUUGACCAAUUAUUCUGGGCCAAUUGACUGCUAUGAAAGUUGUUUGGCUACAGAAGGCACUCUAGGGUUGUACAAAGGUUUUGGAGCCCUUAUUUUACAAUACAUUGCUCAUAUAGCAUUGAUAAGAGUGUCACAUUUCUUAUUAUCAGAAUUAGGAAGUGUCCUUUGGAAGCCAAAAUCUGUACCAUUAAAACAACCUCCAAAUGUAUCACCACCAGCUAUUUCAAACUUACCAAUAGGUCGUAGAUCAUAUUUACUCCCGUAACAAAAUUUCUAGUCAUGAGAAUUGUUGUUGAUUUGUUACUUACUUAACUGUUACAAUGGUAUGUUAGUUUAUACUAAAAUUGUAUAAAUAAUUAUUUAUUUUCAUUUCGUCAUUUGUAAAUUUUCAAUAAAGACAGAUUUUAAUAAAA